AGUGAAUGCCACAUGGUUGAAAGAGCGAUGAUAAGACGAGCUGGAAACUUGGUUUAAAUUCACCACUGGCUCAUGUAUUUUUUUUCUCUUGGAUAUGGAACAAAACUCAGGUGUAAAAAAAGGUGGAUUCAUUUUGAGGUCACAAGUGGAUGUUGGUGAAAAAUGCUCCUCAUCUUUGAAGCACACUUUGUUGGAGAUGCCUCCCUCAGACCUGUGCCACAGCAGGCUCACACAGAGCAAUCUGUUGCUUCACUGAGAGACAUUUAAAACAAAUCCUCAGCCUCUCUCUCUGUCUCCCUCUCUCCGUCUCUCUCUCUCCUUGUUGCUGCUGCAGCUUAUGUUACAGUGUCACUAUAAAAUAUUCAUCCAUGGAAAAUCUUCUUUGAUUCCAGUCGGUCACUUGGUUCCCGGGCAGGUUAAAGACAUGUAAUUCUCUCCAGCCUCCCUGUACAUUUGCUCCAUCACCGGGUGUGAGAGAGGUCUGGUCUUUCCUGUGCCAGCUCAUUCAUUCAUUCAUUCAUUCAAGGAGGGAAAAAAGGAGAGGAUGAUGUUCGACUCCACAUCUACAGGAGGGCCGGGUAAAGGUGGCGGGGGAGAAGACCCCGCCAAGUCCACCGAGCAGGAGGACCGGACUCGGGCUCAGAUCCUGUCAGGCACGGGCUUCUGCAAGUGGUUCAACGUCCGGAUGGGCUUCGGAUUUAUCUCAAUGACCAGCAGCGAGGGGAGCCCCGUCGACUCGCCUCUGGAUGUUUUCGUCCACCAAAGCAAACUUGUGAUGGAGGGCUUUCGCAGCUUAAAGGAGGGUGAGCAGGUGGAGUUCACCUAUAAGAAGUCCUCCAAGGGCCUCGAGUCUCUGCGGGUAACAGGACCCUGUGGGGGACCCUGCUCAGGCAGUGAAAGGAGACUCAAGGGGAAGGUCCCACUCCAGAAACGCAAACCAAAGGGAGACCGGUGA